GGUAUUAUAGAUAAAAAUAACACAAAAUAGAUAUUAGUCUAAAAUGACAUAGUUAUCAUUUUUUUGGUACAAAAAACAAUUUUCCCUAGCGUUUCUUUAACUCCUAAAAGCCUAGAUUUUAUCAUCGAAAUGGAAACGAAUCCAUUUCACAGUUUUCUUUGCUAUAUUUCUGGACCAGUUGAUAUUAAUGCCAUUGGCCCAUUGCCAAGAUGACAUACAAAGGGACCAACUUGCAUAACGAAUACGUAGUAAAAGUAAUUCCAAGAUGAUAGUAAAAGUUCAAAAAUAAAAAGAUGAUACUAAAAGUAGCUGAGUUUCAAGUUAAUUCGUAUAGGAUAUGGAAUUGAAAACCCUAAAAAAUAUAAACCCUAGGCUGAAACUUUUUACCUGUAUAAAUUGAAUGAGAAAGAAACGAUAUUUCUAAAUCAUACCAAAAAUCAUCUUUUGCAAGCAGAUCUGCAAUUAACAAACACAAAACCAUGUCUUUGUCACUCUAUAUCUAACCAGUUUCUUGUUAGACAUCUCUCAUGUACCUACCAUUAAUAUCUGUAAAGCAGUUUUUGUCUUGGAGUCAGAAAUCAGAAUUGGACGCUUACUCCCUCUCACUUGUUUCUUGGUUUCAUCUUUUAUCUUUCCUCUUUUUAGCUGCUUCUCUCUUUUGAUGAUGUGAAAGUGGUGGUAUUAUUUCUAAAAGAAAACGCAAAUUCUUGAUUUUUGAUUUCUGAAGCUCGGUGAUGUCUUCUUCCAACAAUGAUUACAAUAAUGGCAACAGUGGAGUGUACCCUCUCUCUCUUUACCUUUCUUCGCUCCCGGGCCAUCAAGGCAUCAUCCGUAAUCCCUACAAUCAUCAGUCAACAGCAUCUCUGGGUCAAAUGGUAUCAGCCGUUCCUGAGUCUCUGAUCGAUUACAUGUCGUUUAACUCAAACAGUGCUGUGAAUCAGAAAGGUUAUGAGAUUCCUGAGGUGUCGAGAGAAAUCAAGAAGGCGGUGAAGAAAGAUAGACACAGCAAGAUUCACACGGCACAAGGUCUUAGAGACAGGAGGGUAAGGCUUUCUAUUGGAGUUGCUCGCCAAUUCUUCGAUCUCCAGGAUAUGUUAGGGUUUGAUAAAGCCAGUGAAACAUUGGACUGGCUUCUCAAGAAAUCAAGAAGAGGCAUCAAUGAGCUUGUCCAAGAAAAAAAACUCAACAACAAGGAUGAAGAUUUUAGAAACAAUAGGGGUGAUGUAGAAGAGGAUGAAGAUGAUGGCGAUAAGAGCUUUGUGUAUGGUUCGAGUCCAGAUUCCUGCGAAGAAGUGGUAUAUGAGGUCAAGAAGACUGAGAAGAGCAACAUAUCUUCAAAGGGAUUAAUGGACAAAGCUAGAGGAAAGUCAAAGCAGAUAACAAGAGAGAUGACCUAUGAUCAUCCAGAAGCCGUCUCCGAGAUCACACAAACUGAAAUCAUGGACCCAUUCAAGAUGUCUAUAAUCUUCAAUGAAGGGGAUGACAUGACACACUCUUUCUACAAGGAAGCAAUCCAAGAGUUUGAUAAUCAAGAAUGUAUCUUAACCAAGACAAAUGUCAAUCUUCCCACGGAUAUGGAUCGAAGUUACAAUCAGCAUUAUGGGACGUGUAUGUCAAAAAAUCAGGGUUCUAGCAGCAACUACAAUACCAUCCUGCCUCAAAACUUGGAUUAUGGUUAUGAUCAAAACCCUUUUAUGGAUCAACCCUUUUGUGCAGUCACCAACAGGAAUUUCCCCAGGGGGUUUCCUUAAAGGUUGAUAUUCUCCCGGCAGUAGGCAUCAAAUUUAAACAUGUAAGGAAAAUAAUCCUUUAUUUCUUUUCAAUGUAUAUUAAAUCGUUGGUUAUUUGUGUUCUUCUAGAUAUACGCUUGUUAUCUGAUCUUUUGUGUUAUUGAUCAAGAUAGCUUUUUAUGAUUCAGUGUCUACCUUCAAAUUGUUUAGCUAUUUCAAGUGGUAUAUUGUGUAACCUUUAAAGUAUAUUGAAGAUGAAUCUAAAAACUAUUUAAAUA